CCGCAAAGCUGCCUCCUUUUUUUUCGCAACUAUGAAACUUCAAUCCACUCUUUACUACGAACCGUAUUUAAACGUUAAUCAAAACCCUACUCUUUUUGUUUUAAGCGAUGGAAGGGUUUAUCACUAAGCCUAACAUUGAAGAAAAAAAUAUCAGUCCAGCUUCAAAGCUCAAAAAUUUCAAGGACCCACUUGACAGUUUUGACCCCAAAAUCAGCGACUUGUCUUUUGCCGACUCAUUUCUCGAUUUUGAUUCCAUAAAGGAGUUUUUUGAAGAUAACCAACAAAAUCCAGGUAGGAUUGCCUUAGAGAAUAUGGAAUUUGAGGAUCUUGAGAAGAGUGUAAAGAUGGGUGAAGAAGAAAAAACCAAUUUUGAGGACCGGAUUGUCCACGGGUCUGACCCAAUUUUGGAUGGGUCUGAUUGUGUGCCGAAGGUUGAGGCAUUGGAAGAUGAGAAGGAGAAGGAUUUGAGUUGUUGUAUAGAGGAAGUGAUGAAUAAAGUUAGUUUGGUUGGUGAGAAAAGUGUAACUGUGCGUGAUGUAGAUAUAAGUGGGAAAGUUGGAUUGGCCGUUGGGUCGGAUUCAGAUGCUGUUGAUGGGAGUGGUGCGAAGACUGAAAUAGCAAGUGAUGAGAAUGGUAGUGAAAGUGAUUCAGAGUCUGAGGAUGAAAGCUCAACUUCAUCAUCAUCGUCUUCUAGUAGUAGUAGUAGUAGUAGUAGUGAUGAUGAAGAGGAAGAGGAAGAGGAAGAAGAUGAAGAUGAAGAGGAGAAAGAGGAAAUGAAGAUUCCGAUAAAAAGAGAUAUGGUUGUGGCGGGUGAUCUUGAAGAAGGCGAGAUAGAAGUUGUUAAUGGAGAGGAGAUGGUUGCUAGAAAUGAUGAUGAUAGUGAUGAGGAGGAAAAUGAAAAGGAUGUGAUUGGUGGGGGUGACAUUGAAUUUGAUGAUGUUGAUGUAGAUGAAAUUGGAGGUACUAUGGGAGGACCUAUUAAGUCGAAGAAUGAGCUGCAGGUUCUCCCUCCAGUUCCUCAAGUGAAUGUUACCUUGCAACCACAUCAUCAGAUGCAGCCUGUUGGAGUUGUUCUGUCGGUUAUAGGUGUCCAAGUCAUUGUAGAAGGGGUGGAGAAGCAUAACCCUCUAAAUGAGGGUUCUAUCCUCUGGAUAACUGAAAGCAGAUCCCCUUUGGGGCUGAUUGAUGAAAUCUUUGGACCUGUAAAAAACCCUUACUAUGUGAUACGAUACAAUUCAGAAAGUGUAAUUCCUGCUGGUGUCUGUGUAGGUUCUCUAAUCUCUUUCGUUCAAGAGUUUGCCAAUCAUGUGCUUAAUGACAAGAAUCUAUAUCAGAAAGGGUAUGAUGCAUCUGGUGACAAUGAUGAAGAGUUAUCAGAUGAAGCGGAGUUUUCAGAUGAUGAGAAAGAAGCCGAGUACAAGAGAAAGCUAAAGAUGGAAAAGAGGGGCAUGAAUGACCAGAAACCUGGUAACGGGAAAAACAAUCGAAAGAAGGGUAAAAAUACAUGGAAAAAUGAUAGGCAUUCAGUACCACAGGCUGGAGUUGGCCAGCCAAUACCUAAUCAAAACCAGCAUCAGAUUUCUGUUCCAGCAUCCCUGGGUCAUGGUAUUCCUUCUUCCACGAUUUUACAAGGCUUUGGAAUCAGUUCAGUUCCACAAUUUCCGACUGCUGGUUUCACAUCUUCAAAUGGAGUUUGGACCAAUGAGAUGCAAUCUCAGCAAUCGCAGAAUGCUUUUUUCCCUAGUGGAUUUCCAACCAAUAGCAUGCCAUGGCCUUCCCAGAAUUAUCAGCAGCAUCCAUUUCAACCUAUGAUGAACUAUACUGCCCUUCUGCAGCAGUAUAAUCCUAGUCAGCCAUUACCUGGUGGGCAGCCUAAUGUGUUUGCAGGGCCGGGCUACGGACCUUGGCCUGGGUUUAUGGGGCAAAAUGUUAUAAACCAAAUGGCUGGGAUGGGUUUACCGGGCCAGCCAGCUCCCCCAUCUGCAAGUGCCGGAGGAGUGGUGAUUCCUCCCAAUGGACCACAUGGAGAACAGAACAAUUUCCAAGCAGGUGGUUGUCCUACAGUCGGCAUUGAAGCUCCCAAACAGUUUAAUACGGGUGCAGGUGCAUCUUUGAAUAGUGGAAGGAAACCGUAUCAUAGAGGUGGUGGACGUUUUGCUGGUGGGAGAGGUCGCCGGCAAGCCAGAUGAAAUCAUGUAUUGUGUUCGUUUUUGAACUCUAGCAAAAUGAAUUAGCUUAUGCUAGGUUGUGUCCCUUAGACUUAGAUUGAGAGUUGUAGGAGCCAUAUGGGGGCUUCGAUUUACUUUAGUGAUUGUGGUGGGCACUCAUCCCGCAUUUGCUUUCUCCAACAUUAAUGCAGAAGAGGUUUCUUUCUUUUUUUUUUUUUUUUUUCACUUUGUUUUUGUGUGUCUUUUUCUCGUAGAUUUCAGAAACAGUUGUGCUGUGGAUAGAGAAUUUAUUUAUAGUUGUAGAUGGUCUUACCUCAGUACAAGUAUUUUGACUGCAACAUAUAAUAGACAAAGUUGAUAAUUGUA